AACCUUCAUCCCGAUAUCACCGACGGUUCCCUCGAGCGAACGAGCGUAAUCGCACGCGCGCGAAAAAAAAAGAGAGAGAGGAGGGUAACUACACACGGGUAUCUCUUCCGACUCUCUUUUGUCCUCUGCCUAGUUCAGCCCGGAGUUUUCUCGCUCCGCGCCAAUCGUGCAACUGAGAGCACACACGGUACACAGUUUUCUUCUCAUAAACCGGUCUCACCGUUGAGCGACAGUUUAAUCGGUGAGAGUAAUCCCCUGGCCGGAGAAGGAUCAUCUAGGAAGAGUCUGACGGACACAUCGCGAGUCGACGACCAGCCGCCGCUGAGACCAGUUCCACGGAGGAGAGAAAAAGACAUAUCAAGAUGACGAAGUUACUCGUAAUAGCGAUGCUGUGCCUGGUGGGCCUGAAGGCAGUGCUCGCAAUGCCCGUGGCCGAGAACCAGGAGCCGCUGCAGGUAGUACCACUGUCGAGUCCGAACAAACCCGAGGUCCCAUCGGCCCCAGAGGAAGCACCCGCACCGACUCUAGGGGCGGCAGAGCGUGGGCCAGCCGAGGCGAAAUCGGUCGAGGCUGAGAAACCCAGCGUGAGGAGCGAGCCCGCGGCGGAGAACCCUCAGACACCGGCAAAGGCCGAGGAGAAGAAAGAGGAAGCUCAGCCAGCGAAUCCCGAAGAGAAGAAGGAAGAAGCUUCCUCCCCGGAGAAGAAGCUCGAGCAACAGCAACCGCAACAACAGCAACCGGCGGAGUCUCAGCAGCCUGCGCAAGAGCCGAAACAGGAACCGGCUCCGGCGGCGAAGAAAGAGGAAGAAAGCCUGAAACUGGCGGCUUCCGAAUCCCACGAGACGGUGCAAGCUGCUCCACAGGAGCAGAAACAGGAGGCAGCCGAGGUCCCAGCAGAGCAGCCCGUUGCCAAGGUCGCAGUCGUAGAGGGCAAGAGCUCCGAGCAGAGCGACUCCACGGAGAAGAGCUCAGAGGCUUCGGAGGAGGAGUCCAAGGACGAGAAGAAAACGGACGAAGCUGAACGGAGCGUGAGGAAGGACGAGUCCGAGUCCUCGUCCUCCGACAGCUUGGACGAAAGUAUGUUCAAGAGAUUGUCGAAACGACACGAGGAAAGAAUGGCGAAAGUGCGCGAAGAGAGACUGGCGAAACGACAGGAAGAAAGACUAGCAAACUGGCCAGACCGUGUGACCCGUGACGCGGAGGAAGCCGCUCCAGCAGCCAAGAAAGCCGAACAGCCAGCAGAGAAACCAGCCGUCCCAGCCGAGGCUGAGAAGAGCCAACAGGAGCAGCCGAAAGCAGCGGAAGAGGAGAAGCCGGCGCUGAAGAGCGAGAAGAUCCAACUGGCCGCUGAGGAACCCGCCGCCAGCUCCGAGGAGUCCUCCAAGAGCGAGGAGAAGCUCGAAACCACCGCCCAACCCGAGAAGGAAGCCAAGAGCGCCGAGGUAGCCGCCACCGCUGCUUCCAGCAACGCUCAACAAGAGACAUCGGAACAAGCGGCCAAGGCCGCCGAAUCUAGCCAGGCCAAACGCGAAACCGCGGAAGCUCAGCAGCCACAGGCAAAGUCCGAGCAGGUCGAGGCUAAGAAGGAGGAGCCACAGAAGCAGCAGGAGCCCGCGAACGAAGCGAAGAAACGCUUGGACGAGGAGUACAGCGAGGAAUUCAAGCUCGGCGAGGAGAUGGAGCCGAAACCAGCCGAGGAGUUGAAACCGGAAAUUUUGCCGAAGCCGCAAGAGCUGAUCGUGUAAUUGAACGAUCUUAAUUAACGGUCGCAGCGGGAGGCGGGAAGACGAACGAAGAACGACAGCCCCGAAACAUCAGCGAACAUCCAGCGGUGCGGAUACUGGCUCGCCACUCGUCCAGUCGACCAUUGCGUUCAUCACCAUCGACCGGAUCAAAAUGAGAAAAAACGUUUAAAAAGAGGGAAAAACAGCAGAGAAAAAAAAUAUGGAGAAGAAAAGAUGAACAAGUAUGCGCGAGUUGUUCGGCCCGGAUAGAGGAAAGCGAGCGGGAGAGCGUGUACGUCAGAGGAAGUAUGAACGGAAGCGGGAGAGAGAGAACGAGACGGAGUGAGAGUGUAUGUCGGUGUGAAUGGGAGAGAGAGAUUGCGCGAUCAAUUCUGUGGCAGGGUCCAAAACUUCCCCCGGCGCGCUACGAUUCCGAGAGAAAUUCAUCGACUCGGGGCAGGAUGACCACGUGGCAACCUGGCUGUGAGGGAUAGACUUAGAAGAACACGUCGGCAACAAGAUCCUGAGAAUACGAGGUAUAACAGCGACGAUAACGACGGCGAACACGACGAUGAUGCUAGCGACGAAGAUUGACGAUCGUAAAGAAGAAGA